UAAACUCCCAGCUUGUUGCCGCCUCCUGCCCUCUAUAUUCUUUACUAAAGGUAAAGGGCAGCAAGCUUUUAGCGGGCAGGCAGUUUACUCCCCCACAGCCCCCGAAUGUUUGGCUGUCCUUUCCCCUCCCUUUGAGAGAUCUGGUAGAAUGCCUGUACCCAUCUUGUUGAAAACAGAUGUAUGUGGGAUGUAUCACAGAGUGGCUUGUGGGCUGUCUACUGAGUGGUGGAGAAAUGGUCGACCCUCCCCAUUGCACUUUACACAUUAGAUCUCUGCAAAAGCAAUGGACCACAUUCUAACAGACGGGGCUGACACACUUUCGACAACUGUUCAGGAUCAAGAGGACCAAGCUCUUUCUUUAUUGAUCACUGUUUUUUCUUAAAAAAGCGAGGUCUUCCAUACCCUUUUCUUUUCCUUUAUAGCAAUGAAUUACUUCCUGAUGCUCAGCAACAGACACGGCGAUGGUGUUCUAUCACAGUACCAAAGCUUGCGUACGGAAGGUCGGAUGUGCGAUGUUGUUUUGGAGGCGGAGGGUGUGGAGUUCCCUGCUCAUCGUACGUUGCUAGCCUGUUCCAGCGAUUACUUCUGGUCCUUGUUCAAAGACUACACUCUGGAAUCUGGAGCCCACAUUAUCAGUCUGCCAGCCUUGUCUUCCGUGGGCCUGGAGCAGAUACUUGACUUCAUCUACACAUCAGGCAUCUCCCUGUCACCUUCUACUUUGGAGGUCACACUGCAAGCUGUGACGUAUCUGCAGGUCAACCAUGCUAUGGAUCUUUGCACGGAGUACAUCUCAGAAAGCAUUGCUCUUGACAACUGCUGCUUUUUUGCUAACAUAGCAGCUCGCUAUGGCCUUUGUGAUGCAUUUACUGCCAGCAACUGUUUUAUUGCCUGUAACAUGUGCAGAAUACUUGUAGGUGGGCAAUACAAAGCUGAGCUACUGGAGUUAAACCUCGAGUCUCUGCAAGAUGUGCUUGCAGCUGAGGAGAUGCCAGGAGUGAAGGAAAUUGACCUUCUACAGUUGGCGCUGGACUGGCUGGAGUGGAACCCGCUUUCUGCCCUGCAAAGUAAUGCACUGCUAAGUCGCAUCCGAUUUGCUUUGGUUCCACCUGAAGAGCUGUCUCAACUUAGUACGUUUAAACCUGCUCUACGCACUCCCUUCAUUCACAGCCUAGUGCAGAAAGCACUUCACUACCACCGUCAAGGUCCCCUCCAACCUCUUAUUCAAAGUGUCCAAACCAGCCUAAGAGUCCCAAAAAGCAAAGUCCUGCUGGUGGGUGGAGGGCCAGAAGCAGACAGACCCCAGAAUCAGAUCCUGACCUAUGAACCACGCAGACGGAAAUUCUGCACCCUCUCUUCUAGACUGCCAAAUAAGCUCCAACACCAAGGGGUAUGCAUGGUCGGGAACUUUCUGUUCGUGCUAGGUGGUGAAGUGGUGCAAAUGGAUGAGGAAAACGAGAAGACUGCUGUGAUGGCCGUCACUGACCAGGUAUGGCGCUUUGACCCACGGUUUGAUAAAUGGGAGGAAAUGGAACCGCUUUUACAGAAGAGGGCACAGUUUGCUUGUUGUGUGGUGGAUGGUGUUAUUUUUGCCAUGGGUGGGCGAGGACAGAAGAGUGAGCCUGCUUUAUCAUCUGUGGAAAGAUACAAUAUGAAUGCAGGGUGUUGGCGAAGUGGAGUGUCCCUGCCACAUCAGGUCCACGGGCAAGCAUGUGCCACCAUCGGAGCGGGAAUCUACAUCUCCGGAGGCAUCCAUGGCAACAGCCCAGACAGCAGUAAAGAAAUGAUGUUUCUGGAUACCUUUGAGGGUGAUGUUUGGCAAAGACGUGCAGAAAUGUCCAUUGCCAGAUUUGGGCACCAAAUGGCAACAGUAAGGGGGAAAAUAUAUGCCUUUUUGGGAAUGUUUGAGCCAUUCUGUGACAUUGAACGCUACAAUCCUAAAGAGGACCAGUGGACUCGUCUACAGCCCCUACUGAAUGACCGCUUCUGCUACGGCUUGAUAGCAACAGGGGGAAGACAUGUGCUUAUGUUUGGGGGAAGGAAAUGGCAGGAGGGACAAGAGGUGUGCACCACAAAUGUGCUGCAGUAUGACACAGAAUAUGACGCUUGGAAGGAAGUGUGUAAACUACCAGGGCCCUUGUGUGGGACUCAGUGUGCCCUUAUGGCCAUUCAAGACCCUCCGGAGAUCUAAAAGUCCCUCGCACAAUCAUUCUACCUACACAGAGACAAAGACAAGGCGUUCAUUCCUUCAGGACCAGAGUAAGUUGAAGGGCAUGGGUUAACUUUGUAUCAGACCACUCUGAAUUGUCAAGUGGCAUGGACGAAAAUGGAUGUUUACUAACCCAAAUACAGAGGACUUUGGUGGGGUGAAAAGCUAUUAAGUCUUUAAUAGCAAGUAUUUAAUAGCUCCUGAAAAUGACUCGCAAUGAAUAGGGUAAAGAAGCCAUGACAUUGACAGAUGACUUGUCAUAAAAACAUUGGUCCUGAUAAAUGGCAUCGAUUUGGCACGAACACUGGAACAAAGGACGGAGCUAAAGAUUGAACUUUGUACAUUUGCACUGCACUAUGGUAAAAUAGGAAACAGUAGGAAAAGACAUUGGAACACAUAGACGAAUCUCCUGAAGCACAGUUUGGACAAGUUUUGAAUAUUUGGCACCAUGUGAAGAUCAAAGGUGACACUCAAAACGUUGUAUGUCAGAAGGACAGCUGCGAAGAAUGCUGUAGACAGACUGUGGAUAGUAGAAAAAAAGAAAUGAAACGUAAGGAGGGUACAUUCACAGACGCUUACUCUAAGCCAAAUACUCUAAAGGAUACAUGGAAAAGGGAUAGUGCACAUAAAUAUAACAAUUCUGUCACUAUAAAAAAGAUAUGCAGGUAAUUUUUUGUCUUCUGUGGAACAUAAAAGAUGUUAAUCAGAAGCUUUUCGAAGAUAUUCUUUUUUAUACAAUGAAAGUGGAUGGGGACCAAGGGCUGUCUAGUUUUGUAACUAACAAAAAACAAAUGAAAGCAUUUACAUUUGACUUACCUUACAAGUAAUGCAAAUGACAUUUACUUUAUCAUCUCAUGCAUCAAAAAUCAACCAUAUUUAAAGGGGUCAUAUGGCGUGAAUACGUGUUUUUCUGUGUCUUUGUUGUGUUGCCCAUAAGUUGCCCAUGCAUGUAUUGCACGUAAAACUGCAAAAAAAUUUGUUUCGAAACAAAAGAUGCAUUCUAUCACCCAGACCUGCCUGAAAGAGAGGCCGGGCAAAGAGGAGAUACAAACAUGCACGGUAUGUGGAAAAUACAGUAGUUUUUUAACUUAAAUCGUGUAUACACACUGCAUACAUAAUAUUCGUUUUAGCCGUGUCAUUUGACCCCUUUAAUGUCAAGGGUAGCAUCAUGAUAAAUUAAGGAAAGGAACAAUUCAAAUUUGACAACAUUAACAACUUGCCUAAGAAUCUUGUUUAUCAGCCGUCUCCACAUUCAAUUUCAUUUUAUAGCAGCUUGGAGAUUUUGAAACACAUAACACAUUUUGUGUUCCACUGAGGAAACAGUGAAUCAGAUAUUCAAGAUGCUGGUGUGACUUUUUUUGGAAACAAGCAAAUUCUUUCAGUUUCAACAAUAAAUAAAUUGAUCUCAAUCUUAAAAUCAACAAAAAAAUUGCAAAAUAGCAGCAAAGAAGGAAAUGCAUGAAUAAAG